GAAAAUGAAAGCUCAGCUGUUUGUCAAUUACUUCAUUUUGAAACAUCCAAACAAGUUGACAAAUGACUUUUUUGAACAAAACUUUUGGUAUACCAUUUCCAAAAUCGUUCGUGCUGGUCCAGACAAGAUCAAAUCCAUUCUAGAGGAUUACCGAAACAGACGGAAGGAAAGGUCGGACGAAGAAAACUUGGACGUUGAUCAACUGACAAAUGCAUUUGUUUUUCUAUCCUCCACUACCACAAAUGGUAGCUUGUUUGUAGAAGAGAAUGGGUUAAAGAACUAUGGACAAUCUCUGUCAGCUGCCUGCGAAACUGUUGCACUCAGUUAUAAUAAUUACUAUAUUGAAAAUUUCGAAAAUAUUAUAUGUAAUUACUUUAUCUAUAUCCUGAAGAGAAAGUACCCGAAUGUAAGGGUUGGUUGCCUUAAAAACUUGGUGUAUAACCAUGUAUAUGAUGAAGUACUCGUACGUUGUGAACCAUCCUCUAUACCUGAUGAAAUGCUUGGUCGUUUUGAUUCGGAUGUGGCUUCUAGUCUUUCCAGUUUUUUGAAUCCCUUAAUUUUAGAAAUGAAGAGCCGUAUGCCCAUGCUUCCAGUGUCAAAAGUCAGCUUGAAUAAUGGACCUUUCAAAAUUCUACCUGCCUUAAGGCAUAUUUUAGAAAAGUAUGAAAAUUUGCAUAUGGCUCAACCUUCUCCAAUUGACAAAGACAAUGCCAGCAAGCUCGUCGACGCUCAGAAUCUCACAGGCAUUUUCCCCGAGGCAAAACAAGAAAAGCAAAUCAACGAGUCUCCAUUUGAUCAUAACCAAAGACAAUUCUUCCAAAUGUUUGAUUUUAAAAAGCUGGGAUUUCGAAGUUGGGAAGAGCUCAAAAAUAUGCCCGAGCAAAGAGGAAGGAUGUUUCUUAAUGGAAUGUACACCGAUGAUUAUACAUGUAGUGUCUUGUUCUGUAGAAAGGUGCUUCUGUCGUCAGUAGCAGAUGGUGUUUCUCUAGAACUGAGUGAUUUUACGACCGACGAAGUAGAUACAUAUUUUCGUCCAUGUACUGUGGGCCCAGGAAGAAAGGAUGCCUUUGUCUCUUAUCACGGUGGCACCGACAUACGCCGUCUGUCCUCUGCUGAGUACUACAGUAUGAGUGGAACUGUAAGCCGCCAGAAAGUACAACAAGGUCGUAAACAAAACUUAGGUAUCGAAAGCAUUAAAACAAAUAUACCUUCGCCAAAAACUGCAUCCACUCAACGAUACAUGCUAUAUAUAACUUAUAUAUUGCAACACAUGGACUCCCUAUUUAACUUUUACAAUUUUGAGACUACAAAGCUAAAAUGGCUAAACUAUAUUGGGUCACAAGAGGUCAUUCAAGAAAGCGUAAAUAUACUGUUGAAUGGUGGCAAGAAAUACAACAAAUCACGAAGAAAAAAUACAAAGAAGAACAGAAAAAAAAAGGAGAAAAGCUCGAAGACCUGCGGAACACACGCCUCAUAUCACACUAUCAGAAAGUACAAAUUAAGCAUUAUUCGUAUCUUACAGACGGAAGAACAAAACCCAUUUUGA